AUGGAAGAAAUGGAAAACGAGAACAAAAUGCUUCGUGACCAAAUGAAAGAACACCAGGAAAGGGUUGACAAAAUACCCAGCGCCCCUAAGCUGCUGCCAAAACGCGAUGUGGGAAGGUUUGUCGAGCAGCCGCACAGCAACGACUUGUCAAAAGAACAAGUGCCAUCUGUGCUGUUGAAAAAGUUUUGUGAGACUUUGACAGGAGGAGCGUUAACCUGGUAUUCUCAGCUACCAGCACGGUUGAUAUCGACGUUCGAGGAAAUGGCGGAUAAAUUUGCUACCGCUCAUACAGGAGCAAAGAAGGCUGAAGCCAGGGUCAAUGACAUCUUCGCUAUCAGACAAACGGCGGGCGAAGGGCUCCGAGACUUUCUAGCCCGGUUCAACAGGGUAAGAAUGGGACUGCCAAAUAUGUCGGAAGGAAUGGCUGUCGCAGCCUUCCAAAACGGAUUAAGCAGAAGCGGAUCGAAGGCAACCAAGAAGUUACUCAACAGACUCAUGAAGUACACUCCCACCACAUGGGAGGAAAUCCAUAAUGCCUACUGCACCGAAGUAAGAGCAGAUGAAGACGAUCUCAACGGUCCAACCCAGCGACUAGCGUCAGUACAGUCCGAGGUAAGGAGGGAUCAACGUAGCGACGGACAAAGGGAUCAACUCCCGCGCUUCAACAGAGAAAGGCAUCAGCCCUAUGUCAGAAAUCCAAAUCCGCCUCCCCCGAGAAAUAGUGUACGCACUAGAGAAACUGGGCACGAAGGUGCAGUGGCCACCAAAGAUGAAAUCGGACCCAAGCGCAAGAAGGGAUACCUGAAAGAACUGCUCAGCGAUAAGGGAAAGGCCAACUUCGCCAGAGGGCAAGACCCAUCUCAAGGACCACCAAGGCCACCGUCGCCGGCACGUACCAUACAAAUGAUUAUCGGUGGUGGCGACGACUCGGUGAUCAACCACGUAAAGUUCGCCACCAUGCAUAAGCUGAAACGUACAAUCACUCACGAACGAUAUGAUGGCUUCGAAGAUAGUAUCAUCAUCGAAAAGUCAAAUACCGACGGUUUGUCUUUCCCUCAUUACGAUGCUUUAGUCAUAACAUUACGCAUCGCUGAUACAGAUGUGAAGAGAAUUAUGGUAGACGAUGGAAGCAGUGCAUGUAUUAUCCACCCGAGAGUUCUCAUGCGAAUGAAGCUCGAGGAUAAGAUAAUACCACGUUGCAUAACACUAACGGGUUUUAAUAAUGCAGUAGAGCGGACAUCUGGAGAAAUAGCAUUACCAGUCCUGGCUGGGGGAGUCACGCUGGAAACUACAUUCCACGUCAUGGACCAGGAAACCGCCUAUAAUGCCAUCAUAGGACGCCCAUGGAUACACGCCAUGCGAGCCGUCCCAUCAAGCUUCUAUCAGGUAAUCAAGUUUCCCACCCCGUGGGGAAUUUUUAGUAUUCGAGGCGAGUUGCGUACCGCCCAAGAAUGCUACCAGAUUGCCCAAGAUUGCACGCAUACCAAGUAG